AUGACCGUCCAGACAGAGACCCUUGUCUCUUUGAAAACACCGCUCCACGAAAGCAAGGCCCUGGUAGAGUCAGUUGAGGCAUACGUAGAGAAGUACAUGUCCCGUUAUGACGCCAGCCAUGACUUCGAUCACAUCCGCCGCGUGCUGGGGCUGGCAAAAUACAUUCUUGCCGAAACGCAAAAGGGCGGCCCCAAUGUUUUGGACGAGACGGCAAUUUACCUUGCUGCGCUUGUCCACGACGUUGGUGACCACAAAUAUCUACAGCCCGGUGAAGAUGCGGGACAGCAGAUCCUGAACGUGCUGCUGGAGCGUGGAGCAUCGGCUGCGUUGGCAUCCAAGGUUCACACAAUCGCGAAGAACGUGUCCUACACGAACGAAAUCAAGGAUCCUGAGAAGGUCCGCGACGUCUUGUUGGAGCACCCUGAGCUCGCCGUCGUCCAGGAUGCCGACCGACUCGAUGCCAUCGGUGCCAUUGGUGUCGGGAGGUGUUUCUCCUUCGGAGCCGCAAAGUCAGAGCGCAGCAUGCAAGGGGCGGUUGAUCAUUUCGAAGUCAAAUUGGAGAGACUGGAGGCCAUGAUGAAGACUGAAACGGGGAGGCGCCUUGCAAGGGAAAGAACCGAGCGACUGAAGAUGUUCAGAUCGUGGUGGGACGAGGAGCGUAGUUUCGCGGACAUGUGA